CGGAGCGCACGAGAGCGGAACACUGAGUACGCGCACUUCCGGUCUUUGUGGCUGGCCGCUCCUGGGCUUCGCGGAAAGAAGAGAUUACUCACACUCCUUCUCAAGCACCGAACCCAGUUGUACUGAGCUUUUUGCUAAGCUGUUUCAGCCAAGAAUGGCUGUGGAAUCUGGAGCAAUUUCAACCCUGAUACCGCAGGAUCCUCCAGAACAAGAACUAAUACUAGUAAAAGUAGAAGAUAACUUUUCCUGGGAUGAGAAAUUUAAGCAGAAUGGGAGUACUCAACCCUGCCAAGAAUUGUUUCGUCAGCAGUUCAGAAAGUUUUGCUACCAGGAGACACCUGGGCCCCGGGAGGCACUGAGCCAACUCCAGGAACUUUGCUAUCAGUGGCUAAUGCCAGAGUUGCACACAAAGGAGCAGAUCUUGGAACUGCUGGUACUGGAGCAGUUCCUGAGCAUUCUGCCUGAGGAGCUGCAGAUCUGGGUUCAGCAACAUAAUCCAAAAAGCGGCGAGGAAGCUGUGACCCUGUUGGAGGAUUUGGAGAGGGAGUUUGAUGACCCAGGGCAGCAGGUCCCAGCUAGUCCACAGGAACCAGCAGUGCCAUGGAAGGAUUUAACAUGUCUCAGAGCAUCCCAAGAGUCACCAAACAUCCACCUCCAGCCCUUAAAGACACAGCUGAAAUCCUGGAAACCGUGCCUUUCCCCUAAAAGUGAUUGUGAGAACAAUGAAACAGCAACAAAGGGCAUCUCAGAAGAAAAAUCACAGGGACUCCCUCAGGAACCUUCAUUUCGAGGAAUUAGUGAGCAUGAAAGCAAUUUAGUGUGGAAGCAAGGAAGUGCUACAGGGAAGAAACUAAGAUCUCCUUCCCGAGGGGGCAGUUUUAAUCAAGUGAUCUUCACAAACAAAUCUCUAGGAAAGAGAGACCUUUAUGAUGAGGCUGAAAGAUGCUUGAUUCUAACUACAGACUCUAUAAUGUGUCAGAAUGUUCCUCCAGAAGAGAGACCUUAUAGAUGUGAUGUAUGUGGGCAUAGCUUCAAGCAGCAUUCCUCUCUAACACAACAUCAGAGAAUCCAUACUGGAGAGAAGCCCUAUAAAUGUAACCAGUGUGGGAAGGCCUUUAGUUUGAGGUCCUAUCUUAUUAUUCAUCAGAGAAUUCAUAGUGGUGAGAAAGCAUAUGAAUGUAGUGAAUGUGGGAAAGCUUUCAAUCAGAGCUCAGCCCUCAUUAGACAUCGGAAAAUCCAUACUGGUGAGAAGGCUUGUAAAUGUAAUGAGUGUGGCAAAGCAUUCAGUCAAAGUUCAUAUCUCAUUAUACAUCAAAGAAUUCACACUGGUGAGAAACCUUAUGAGUGUAAUGAGUGUGGGAAAACCUUUAGCCAGAGCUCAAAACUCAUUAGACAUCAGCGAAUUCACACAGGAGAGAGACCCUAUGAAUGCAAUGAAUGUGGAAAAGCUUUCAGGCAAAGCUCAGAGCUGAUCACUCAUCAGAGAAUACAUAGUGGAGAGAAACCCUAUGAAUGUAAUGAAUGUGGAAAAGCUUUCAGUUUGAGCUCAAACCUUAUCAGACAUCAGAGAAUUCAUAGUGGAGAGGAACCUUAUCAGUGUAAUGAAUGUGGCAAAACCUUCAAAAGGAGCUCAGCCCUUGUUCAGCAUCAGAGAAUUCAUUCUGGGGAUGAAGCUUAUAUAUGUAAUGAAUGUGGGAAGGCUUUCAGGCACAGAUCAGUCCUUAUGCGCCAUCAGAGAGUCCACACUAUGAAGUAAUUUGUGAAUACUGUGAAUAGUGUAAAUACUUAAGUCAAAUUUUUAUGUUUGUUAGUCAAAAGAGUUUACUUUGGAGCCAAACUCCAUAAAGGUUAUAAAAUACUAGAUCUUGAGUCUAGCUUGCUUUGUGCAGCAUUUCCCAGUGCUAAAGUGUCCUUUGAAAGCUUUUCCUGUGACUAAUCAGAACAGAAUACAGAAGAAUCAUUACUUCCAGCUCUUCUCUUAUUAGGAAUACUCAGGAAAUAUGAAAAAUGGGAAUGUAACAUUGAAAUCUUAUUUUGUGUGAAAAUGUCAUGAAAAGAAUAUAGCAACCUAGGCUCUGUCACUGCAUCUGAUUGUUAGUGUACCAGGUUAUGGGGCUGGUGUGGACCGUGUGAGGCACUUUGUCUCAGGAACUAAAAAAAAAAAUUUACUGACCUAAUAAAGAACAGUGACAGAGCAGCAAGAAAGGUGGGGAAAUGGCUUCAUCAAUGAUUUGUUGAGCCCAGGGCAGGCCAGGAAUUAGAUAGGAGUGAGAAGAAAGAAUAUAAUUUACCCAAAGGUUAUUUUUUGAGUACCUACUUUAUCUCAGGGACUAGGAAUACAGUGGAAAACAAGACUAAUCUCUGUAUCUAAUGGGCAAGGCAGCCAAACAGGCAGUGAAAGUGGAAUGCUCCUAUGUGACCUUAAGGAGCCUCUGACUCAGCCUUGGAUAAGGAAAUGGGGGAAAUGGCCUGAAGGAUGAGGAGAAGUUAGCCAAGGUGGUACUCCAGGGAAGAAGAUUCCCAGUAAAGAACAGUAGCCAAAGGCCAGAAAUAAAGUGUGGCGCAUUCCUUGAGUUCCUGAUGUAGUGAGGUCUUGUCAGAGAAGUCUGGGUCUGGCCAGACUCUUAAGCGGUGCCAAUGGAGAAGUUCCUGUUAAUAGACAAAACCUGGAGCCCUUGGACCACAGGGGAGUCAAGAGCUUUGUCUUGGUUUAUGUGACCCCAGGGAAAGGGCAAAUACGUGGUUUCCUUGCCAAACCUGUAGGCUAUCCUAGAACUUCCAUGAGGGUAGUGGUGGGAAUGAGGGUGAGAAAGAGCCCAUACCUAUACCUCAAGAGUCUGAGUGUUAAGACUGUCUCUCCCAUCCUUAAGAUUCUCCUUUGAUUCUAAAGACAGUAUCAGAGUAGCUGUCAGGUUUCCUAUAAUUCCCAAGACUCUAGAUCAGAAGCUGCCAUGUCAUUUGUUUCUGGGGCUGUAUGCCCACAGUUCCUAGUACAUUCCCUUGGGCUUUGGUGCUCAAAAAGUACUUGUCAGUUGCUUGGGUCUGUGACGUUCUUUGGGCACCUCGCACAUGUUCAGUUUUGUUUUAGUCACCAGUAUUUCACAAUAUCUUUUGCAAUUUUUUUUUUUUUUUUUUUGAAAUGGAGUUUCCCUCUUGGUG